GCUCAAGUUUACUUGGAGGAUGUUGAUAAUUUGGAAGACAUAGAGCAUGCUAUACUCUAUUACAACCAUGCUGUUAUUUUGUACUAUUUACAUCAGUAUAAAGAGUCAGCAAGAAUACUAGAAAAGUUAUUUCAAUUUAUUGAACCUCUUGAUGAGGUUUUAGUUCAUAAGAUUCUGUUCUUGCUGAUUGAAGUGUAUCUGUGUAUGUAUCAGCCAGAUAAAGCAGUCCCUGGUUUAGCAUAUUUAGAGAAACUUGUAUAUGGUGGCAAUGGUAAAGGUGAUAAAGCAUCAGAUAAUAGCAAAGAAAGCAGCCACAGAAGCCCAUCACCUCAUCAAAAAUAUAAAUUAAAACUUCACAUGGUAAGAAUUUGUUUGCCUAAAUUCUGA